AUGUCAACCGCUUCUCAGACAGAUACCCGCCGUAGGAAAGGGUCCAAGCAUGACAAAACUGGCUGUCUGACAUGCCGAUAUCGGCGCAAGAAGUGCGUCGAAAACACAUUCCCAGUCUGUGGAGCUUGUGCUCGCUUGAAUCUGAAGUGCAUACGGAGUACAACUCGCGACGUGGUGCCAUCAAGUUGGGUUGAUCGAAAACAAGAGUCACACCAAACAUCUCGAAUAGCGGCCUCAAACCACUCACAACAAUGGUCGCGAUGUUUUCCUCUUUGUGCACCAGCGCCGGUUCCAGAUCAAUACAAGCCGCCUCAAAAGCGGCACAUCAUGAGGUAUUACAUCGAUACUCUUAGUCAUCACUUGACUGUGAAUGAGCAAUUCAACUCCUUCAUCUCAGCAUUCCUGCCCAUGGCAAUGGAAUCUUCCGUGCUUUACGAUGCAUUGGUUGCUUUUGCUUCAGGUCAUCUAUCACUCAACGACCAGUCUUACAAGGUCUCGGCGCUUGAAGCCCAUUCAAAGGCCAUGAACAACAUGGCAGCAGCUCUAAAUAACCCUCAAAACGAAAUCACAUGGUAUGAGACUAAAGCAGCGACAUGUCUGGCGUUUGUAAUCGGGGAGGUCUGUGUGGGCAGCUGCGACAGAUGGUACACUCACCUUAACGGGGCAAAACUCAUCAUCGAAUCUGCUACUGCAAACGCCAGUUCGGGAGUCGUGUUGCGCGGGCCUGACGCGUUCAAGAACAGCUCCGAAGGCCAAUGGAUCCUUCGGAAUUUCGCAUACCAUGAUAUUGUUGGCAGCGUGACCCUACGGAGACGACCGCUGCUUGACUGCAGUUAUCUGGAUGGCAUCACGGAUGUCGUGGACACCUAUUUAGGUGUUGCAACAGGACUCCUACGCUAUGUCUCUAAACUCUGCUGUCUCGACGAGGAAACGAAACUAGAGUCGGGCUUGUCAGCGGAGGAAUCCGCCAAGAGAACGGCUCAAUUUCAUAGCACUUGUGCCAGCGUUGAAGAUGAGCUCCACCGCUGGCAAUGCCGCCAGGACGCUACGCCCGACCUGGUGGCCUUGGCACACGCUCUCAGAAGUGCUGUUCUGAUAUUUCUGUACCGCCUUGUGCGUUCUCGGAUCGAAGAUGAAGAAUCUUCGGAUCAGAACAUGGUGCUGUCCUCAUCAGGGGCAUGGGAGCUUUUGCCGACAAAGGUCCGUACACAGGUGUCCAACAUAGUGAGGCAUGUCUGUGAUAUCCCCGUCGGCACCCACGCCGAAUCUGCCAUUUUGUUUCCGCUCUUUCUUGCUGGUGGAGAAGCAACAGAGGAGGAGCACAUGGAAGCCAUCCGCAUGCGAUUAAAGAUGACAUUGCAGAAGCGGCGCUUCCAAAACAUUGCACUAUCCCUAGAUACGCUUGAGGAUUUGUGGCAAAAGCGGAGGUCUGAUGACGGGGCUCGGGUUGACUGGACACAGAUUCUGGAUGAGUAUGGAGAGCCACUAUUAUUGACAUAG